AUGUCGAACGUGGAUACUUCAAAACCAAGCGUCAACCUAAAAGAUCCAUCCAUUUCUAGUCAGAUGAAGGUCUUCCCGGAGUCCAGCUUCUUCAGGGAGAAGCGAGCCUCUGCACUCCCUACGCCAGCCGAAAUCAGAGCCAUCAACAAGGUGUCAGGCAACGUCUACGCUACAAACUUCAAUCGCCCACCCCCCGUCAUGAUUCCGUCCCUAGGUCUGGCGGUCAAGUACGGAGCCGACGUGACCGUUCUCGAGGCUCUGACUCAAAUGGAAGUACGCGAGCAACUACGAGGCCAGGUGCCUAUCCCUGAGGUCUUUGGCUGGACUGAGGAUGGAGGCCAGAGAUUUAUUUACAUGUCCUUAAUCCAGGGCGAGACCUUACUGGAGAGAUGGAGUGACAUGAAUGAGAAUGAGAGGCAAGCCGUUUGCAGGGAACUCAGGCACAUUGUGAAGACAUGGAGGGCCUUGACCCAAGACAACCAAAACUGUUAUAUCGGCAGCUUCGGUAAGCAACCACUGAAGGAGGUCUUCCUCGAGUCACAUCCAGAACUAGCUGGGCCGUUUGAAGGUGCGAACGCCGUCCAACAGUUCCAGGAUGCUUGCGGAAUCGAAAUCAACAGCGAAAUGCCUGUUGUGUUCACCCAUAACGAUUUUGUCCCACCCAACAUCCUUCUGUCGCCGGGGCCAGAUCCAAAAGUAGCAGCGAUCAUUGAUUGGGGUCAGGCCGGGUGGUAUCCCGCAUACUGGGAGUAUUGCAAGGCUCGACGAGUAAGAGUGGAUCCGGAAUACUUUGAUGAUUCUGUUCAAGAAGAAUGGCACACGAAGUAUCUGGCAAUGAUUCUGGAUGCAGAGGAUGAUGACGCGUACUACAAGCCUUGGCUUUGGUUUGUGCUGUCCAAGGGCAUUUGA